GGGCCGGGCGUCCAGGAGAGGAGCGCAGCUGGCCUCGCAGCCACCGCCACCGCCACCGCCACCGCCACCACGGGCUUGGAGUCUCGGCUGAGAAGGGCGCGCGGAGCAGCGAGUCAGAGUCGCCCCCCGGGAGGUGUUGCCGGGCCUCCUCAGUUCCAGCACCCGGCACCACUGGGGCAGAGGAGAGAAGAGACAACGAAGCUCCGCUUUUCUGGAGACGUGAGGCAUCCCUGCGAUCCAAGCCAACGCGGAAAGCAACACUUUCCCCCGGCCGGGAGCCUAGAAAGCGCCGGGCAGCGAGAAGCUUCCUUCAGGACGCCCUAAGAAGCCUCCAGCCCCAGGCGACAGCGGGCACUCGCAGGGCUCGGGCGCAGGACUUGGGGACUCCUUCGUGGUUCUCUGCCGAGCGCAGCCCCGGCGGCAGUGAGGAGGAACGGGCCCAGAGGGACGGAAAAGAGGAAGCAGCCGUUGCGCGACCACUCACCCCAGUACACACCCACCCCGCCCGCCAAGCCAAGAGCCGCCUUGCGCCUCUGGGGGCGCUCGUUCCUUGGCGCCUUCUCUCCGGUGUCCCAGCACCCCUGGGCCAGGCUGGUGGGGUCCUUAGGGAUGUCUAAAUCAGGCAUGGUGGACGAGUGGCCCCUCUCCCAAGACGAGCGCAAAAGCUGGGGUUAGACGGAGCAAGGGGGACUCAGCGCAGGGUCCCCCCAGGUCCGGGACGAAGAGAAGCGGGCGCAGCGCCCAGGGGCUGGAGAAGGGGCUCUGUGUGGGGAGGGGGCCCUCCGGAGAUAGAGCCCGUGGUCAGUCAUCCCCCAGGAAGACUCGGCGUGCGGAGAGUCUGGGAGGCGCCCGGGAGAGGCCAGUGCCAGCAGCGACAGGCCGAGGCUGCGCUCGGUCCCGGGCGGGCGCCCGCGGAGGCGGCGGCGGAGGCGCCUGGCGGGCAUGCCGCGCCACCGGAGCUCCUUUCGGGCGCACGCUUCCCUGGUACGGGUUGUGCGCGGUAGCCGCCGCUCCCUCUGUUGCUGCGGACUCCCAUGGCGGCUCCGCCCGGCGCCAGCCGCGGGCUGAAUGAAUGAGCCGGAGCGGCGGAGCCGGGCUGCCCGCGGCCGCGCUCACCGGCCCGGGACGCUUCCGCAUGGCCCGCGAGGUGGCAGCGGCCGGGCAGCCCGGGGGUGGCAGAGGCGGAGAGCGGGCGCUGCAGGGGCCGGGGGUUGCCCGCAGGGGGCGGCCGUCUCUGAGCCGCGCUAAACUGCACGGGCUGCGGCACAUGUGCGCGGGACGCACCGCGGCGGGGGGUUCCUUCCAGCGGCGGGCGUUAUGGGUGCUGGCCUUCUGCACGUCCCUCGGCUUGCUGCUGUCCUGGUCCUCAAACCGCCUGCUGUACUGGCUCAGCUUCCCGUCGCACACGCGGGUGCACCGCGAGUGGAGCCGCCAGCUGCCCUUCCCGGCCGUCACCGUGUGCAACAACAACCCGCUACGCUUCCCGCGCCUCUCCAAGGGGGACCUCUACUACGCUGGCCACUGGCUCGGGCUGCUGCUACCCAACCGCACGGCGCGCCCGCUGGUCAGUGAGCUGCUGCGGGGCGAUGAGCCACGCCGCCAGUGGUUCCGCAAGCUGGCCGACUUCCGGCUCUUCCUGCCCCCGCGUCAUUUCGAGGGCAUCAGCGCCGCCUUCAUGGACCGUCUGGGCCACCAGCUGGAGGACAUGCUGCUGUCCUGCAAGUACCGCGGCGAGCUCUGCGGUCCGCACAACUUCUCCUCCGUGUUUACAAAAUAUGGGAAGUGUUACAUGUUUAACUCAGGCGAGGAUGGCAAGCCUCUGCUCACCACGGUCAAGGGGGGGACGGGCAACGGGCUGGAGAUCAUGCUGGACAUUCAGCAAGAUGAGUACCUGCCCAUCUGGGGAGAGACAGAGGAAACGACGUUCGAAGCAGGAGUGAAAGUUCAGAUCCAUAGUCAGUCUGAGCCACCUUUCAUCCAGGAAUUGGGCUUUGGGGUGGCUCCAGGGUUCCAGACCUUUGUGGCCACACAGGAGCAGAGGCUCACAUACCUGCCCCCACCCUGGGGUGAGUGCCGAUCCUCAGAGAUGGGGCUCGACUUCUUUCCUGUUUACAGUAUCACCGCCUGUCGCAUUGACUGUGAGACGCGCUACAUUGUGGAGAACUGCAACUGCCGAAUGGUCCACAUGCCAGGGGAUGCCCCUUUCUGCACGCCGGAGCAGCACAAGGAGUGUGCAGAGCCUGCUCUAGGUCUGCUGGCAGAAAAGGACAGCAAUUACUGUCUCUGCAGGACGCCCUGCAACCUGACCCGCUACAACAAAGAGCUCUCCAUGGUGAAGAUCCCCAGCAAAACAUCAGCCAAGUACCUGGAGAAGAAAUUUAACAAAUCAGAAAAAUAUAUCUCAGAGAACAUCCUUGUUCUGGAUAUAUUUUUUGAAGCUCUCAAUUACGAGACAAUUGAGCAGAAGAAGGCGUAUGAAGUCGCUGCCUUACUUGGUGACAUCGGUGGUCAGAUGGGGUUGUUUAUUGGUGCUAGUAUCCUUACAAUACUAGAGCUCUUUGAUUAUAUUUAUGAGCUGAUCAAAGAGAAGCUAUUAGACCUGCUUGGCAAAGAGGAGGAUGAAGGGAGCCAUGAUGAGAAUGUGAGUACUUGUGACACGAUGCCAAACCAUUCUGAAACUAUCAGCCACACUGUGAAUGUGCCCCUGCAAACGGCCUUGGGCACCCUGGAGGAGAUCGCCUGCUGACACUGCUCGGGCUACCCAGCACCCUCCAAACAGACCUUAAGGCCCAAGACCCAGGACAGGGGACAGCAAGCUCAGGUGGAAUGGCCCCUGAUGACGGAAAGAAGCAAGAGCCCCCUAUGCACACAUUGCAAACUUCUACCAAACCUCGCUCCAGCCACGUCUGACAUGAAGAAGCGUCCCUGGGCCCCGCUGUGCGUCCCUCAUAGGAGAGAUGAGUCACACUCCGGAACUGUCCCAGAACCAACCUGCCAUCACAUCUCACUGCCAGAUGUAUAAAGCACCUGCAUGCUCGGACUUCUUACAGCGCCACUCUCCAUCUGUCUUGUACAUGGCUCCUCCAUGUGGUUUCCAGCAUCCACUCUGGCCUGUGUGCAGUGGGACCAGAUUCCAACUGGUCUGUGAGGCCAGGCUGGAGUCAAAACUGCACAAUCGAGAGGAAAAUCACAGAACUCGACUAUGUUGGAUCCUUGUGUAGUUUGUGAAGGUUCUUAUUCUGUCCACAAACCCCUCCCCCCCCAAAUGGGCCAUGGGGAUCUGGCACUGAAGGUGACCAACACCAACCUCCCCCCAACCCCAGCACCUGUGAAGGUGACACAGUGACCUGGGUGACCCCAGUAUCAUCCAUGGAGCUACAUCAUUCUUCUCUCCCUGACACAGCUUGUACAGUCUGAUUCUUUUUUAUUUGGGGGACUUUUUUGUUUGUCUGUUGGAGGUUUAUUUUGUUUUGCUUCGUUUUAUCGUUUUGGGUUUUGAUGUUCUGAGGUUUGGUUUGCUUUUUUCCAUUUUCUUUGGAGUUUAUUUAUUCGUGCUUCAAAUCACAGUCAUAUUAAAAGCUGGUCUUGUGGAAA